AUGUCCAGCAGAAGCCGUGUCGAGUUCGACGAGCGCGAGUACGUUCGGGACGCACCUCCUCCUCGUCGUGCCCCCGUCCGUGAAUAUGACGACUACCGUGACCCCGCAAGGGUCCCCGCUUUCAUGUUGCGGGAGGAGAGGCCAAAUCAAGCCGGCCAGUUGGUGCUCAGGGCAAGAGAGGUCGAGACCAUGGAGCGCCAGAGGCCGAGAUCUCCCAGCCCGGAGAUUCGGAUGAGGGAGCGCAUUGUUCAGCGGGCCAGAAGCGUCAGCCCAGGCCCAAGGCGAGUAGAGGAGGAUAUCCGGAUCCGCCAGGUUGAAAGGACACGCGAGCCCAGCCGGGCCCCUUCGGAGAGAAUUCGCUAUGUUGAGAGGCCCCGUUCCCCAUCGCCUUCGAUCCACGAGCGCAUCCGCAUCACAGAUCGGAGAGAAGAGCGCCGGAGCCCAAGCCCGGCUCCUCCGCCGCCGCCGCCGCAGCCCCAGGUCAUCAAGGGCCCUACUAUCGAGAGAGAGGUUAUUACACAUUACCGCGAUAUUGACCAUGGCAUGGUUGUAGCCCGCCCGCCGUCGCCUCCUCAGCGUCACGAGCACCGUGAUACUGAGAUAGACAUUUAUACUAAUCGCAAGGGUACCACCGAGGUGGACAUUCACAAGCACACCCACUCGCACAGCCGCGGCCGGUCUGUAGAGCGGCCCUCCCGUCCCGUUGUCCACGCCUACGAGGACGACCUGGUGGUCUCCACGAACAAGCACCUCCAUGUGGACAUUGAGCGUCGCCGGAGCAUCUCCCGUGGCCGUCGCGCUCACUCGGCCGCACCCCCUGUUAUCGACUACGACGACGAAGCUUACGAGAUCAAGUCCCGGAUUGAUGCGCGCGGCAAGAUGGGCGAGGCCUGGAACGGCAUCACCAAGGAUUGGACCAUCGUCGAUGUGCCUCCCGGAACCGAGCGUGUGCGCAUGGAUGGUGCCGGUGGCGCCUCUGCUGAGGUGACAUGGCAAAAGUACAGCGGUGUUCGCCGGGCCAAGUUCAUCCCUGACCGUGACGAGAAGAGCGUUGUUUCCGAGACCUCCACCACUAUCUCGGACGCCCGUGACCGCAACCGUGACCGCGACAUUGAGCGGGAGAGGCGGUUGAGUGUGCAGAUCAUUGACAAGGACCGCCGGGAUCGUGACGAUUAUGAGAAGAUUACCGAUCGCCGUCUCACCAUUUCCAAGUCGAGAACGAACUCUCCUGCGCCGCCUCCCCCCCAGCAGCGUCGCAGUGAGACCUGGACUGAGAUCACCAAGGACUUGGUUUGCCGGGAGGCUAUUCAAGAGAUGGGCUAUGAGUAUGAGGAGACCGAGUACUUUUACUACAUUAUCGACUUUUUGGCUCACGAGGAGGUUGUCCGUCUUGUGAACCUCUCGGACCGCAUCCGCCAGUCCCGCAAGGACCGCGCCAGAGAGAUCCAGUACGAGCGCGAGUGGCGCGAUGAGUGGGAGCACCGUCACCACCACAGCCACAGCCACAGCAGCAGCAGACACCGUCUGGAUGACGAGCGCGUGGUCGAGCGUGAGAUCAUCUACGACAGCCACCGUCACCCAGGCGGUCGCCAAUAUCGUUACUAAAAGCCCGGCAUGAUACGACUUUGGUGACUUUGGGGAUGAUGAAUCACUGAUGAUGAUGAAUGUGUGAUGACGUCUUGCUGUUAUAGAAACUUUUUGUUUUGUUGUUUCUGGAAAAGGAUGAUGAUUGUGUUUUGGAUGAUACCAACCACCAAUGCAUGGUUAAUAAUGAGCUUGAAGAGUUGACCAGUGGUCAUCGUCAUGGAAGGAGACAAGAAGUGGAUGGGUGGACUUUUGUUUUCUAGUUUUGGAUAUUGUUUUCAUGUUGGUCUUUUAUCAUGGUCAUGUUUUGGUUUGAUGUCUUGCGAGUUUUUUUGGUUAUUUUUUAACGACUUUUAUGAUUACAUACAUACAUUAACUAGCGAGUUGUGAAAAAAAGAGAGAGAGAAAUGCUUUGAAAUAUCUUGAUGAUCCUUGU